AGUAGGCUCAAGACAUCUACCCACUUCCACACUAAUUACAAGGCGGCUACAUCGCUUAAUUCGGCCCAGCCCGUGAGCAGGUUUUGCUGUUAAUGCUGGCGUUUCUCUCGUCACCCCUAGGGCUUGCAGGGCAGGCAGUUUUGGCAGGCUUCUCCACGCCGGCCGGUGAUACUACGUGGGUCGGGCUGUUGCGCGCUUUGACACUCACGUUGCCCCACCUACUUUACAUGUCUGCUCUUAUGGAGUGGCCGUCACUUUCAAUAUCAUCUUCUCCUUUUUUGGUCUUUAAUUGUCACUUGAGGAUCCAAGGUGUGUUGUUGUUCUUGGAAAAGAGUCGGCGUGUCUGGAUGUCUACUAGGAUUUGUUCCAGCACAUGCAGCCCUUCUCGCAUGCAGUACAGAUUGUCAAGGAUCAACUAUUUUGGGAGCAGAGUAGAUCCGACCAAACUUAAAUCAAAAGACAGCCAGCAUAUCGUCGACACGGCGCGGCGUCGUUCUGGAUUUCAGUUCCAAUUUCCCCGCAUUCUUCCAUCGAGGUUUGGGUGACGCGUCGUUGGAAAAGAAGAAGACAAAGGAACAGGAAACGCAACAGCGAUCCGAGGCACCAAGAGCUUGUCCACAGCUAGGACCUU